AUGGUUAUUUAUUUAAAAGUCUCUAUAUCCAAUAAUUAUCCAAUUUUCAUUUUUUUGGAUUUGGUUGAGUUAAAAAACCAAACUGCUGAAAAUAUUGUUGAACAACUACUUGAAUGUCUUCAUAGUUCUGGACUCAAUGAAAACUAUUUAAAACAGCAUUGGAUUUCUUUUUUUAGUGAUGGUGCUAGUGUCUUGUUAGGAAAAAGGAAUGGUGUUGCUAAGCGACUUAAAGAUAGAUAUCCACUUAUCUAUAGUUGGCACUGUAUGAAUCAUCGACUUGAACUAGCAGUAAGUGAUUCUCUUAAAGAUAUAGUGGCCACAAAUCAUUUUAAACUAUUUUUAGAUUCACUUUAUGUUUUGUAUAAUGCGUCACCUAAAAAUCGAAUCGAGUUAAAGAAUAUCUGCAGUGAAUUAGAAGUGGUAUUUUUAAAAAUAUGCCGGGUUCCUAGCGUUCGUUGGGUUGCAAGUAGCUGGAGAGCAGUAAAUGCUGUAUGGAAAAUAUUCCCAGCUCUUUGUAAUCAUUUUUCAAUUGCAUCAAAUGAUUUAGAUUCUAAAACUAGAAAUAAAUACUUAGGGCUCUACAAUAAAUUGGCAAGUAAGUCCUGA